AUGUCUAGGUUUUUCCUUUCUUCCUAAGCUUUACUCAAAACAUUCAAUUUCGACCCAAUCGAUUCUCCGGCGUUAGCAAAUCCUCCGUUCGCAUUUUCCGCUAUUUUCGUCCUUGGAAAUUGUUCUGAUGGAUGCAUGAUCAUGAGUCUGUGACUUCUGCAUUAAUCAGGUGGUGAUUUACCUUAUGUGUCCUAAACGCAUAGGAGUUGAUUGAAAGAUUGAUAGCUUCUUGCUAGAUUAGUAUCAUGGGAUACAAUCGGCAAAAAGAUAAGAAUGGUUACCGUAGUUCAUCAAAGGGUAAUGGCAAUGAUGGUACAUCAGCUAGGACAAGACCUCUCAGUUUUGAUGACAUCAUGCUUAGAAGGAAAAGUAAGGAAGAGGAAGUGGACAUUAAGAACAAUUUUGUAGGAGCUGAGAGUGUAUCACGUAAAGAAGACAGGCAUAAGAGGGCUACUGAUGGUUUAGAACCUGAGCGAAACCGCUACGAUGAGUCAUUACCUAGUGCUUCCAGACAUACUUCGGAGGAUUCUAGGAAGUUAGCAUCAAGGCAAACAGAGAAUAAUAUGAUGGCUGAAAAAUUGGCUAGGGGUAAACAUAAAGAUAGUAGAGAAUCUGAAAUCAAAUCAAAGAGAUCAGUGAACAAAGAUGUAAGCAAUAAGAGACUAGCUGGUAGCAAAACCGACAAAGAUUAUCUUGUCCGGAGAAGAAAAGAUGAGGAAUUUGUUGAUGAUUCUGGAAAUGAAACUGGUAAAAGACAUUCAAGAGAUUUGGCCCGGAAGGAGAGAUCGACAGAUAAAACUGACAGAAGACGCGAUGAGGGAAGAAAAGACAAAGAUCCUGAUAAGGAUGAGAGACAGUCAUACAGGAAGAGGAAAGAUAUGGAAGUGCCAAGUGAUGCUCCUCUGGAUGAGGCUGAGAAAAGGCAUUCAAGAAAUCAUGGACGGAGAGAUAGUUAUGCUGACAGAACUGAAGUAAAGUCUGAAUCAGGUAGAAGGAAGCACCGAAGUGAUGACGAGGAGAGAAACAGAGACAAGAAUGCCGAUAAAAAACACAGUUCAUCGAAAGUUUCUGAAGUUACCGGAAGGGUGGAAUCUUCUCGGGCUCAGCUGGAGGAAGAAAGACCAAAGAGAAGGCGGUCAAGAAGUCGAGAGUAUGAUAAAGAUCGAGGUAGAAGGUCUCGUUCUGGCUCACCAAGAGGACGUAAGCAUUCAUCUCAUGAUCUCAGAGAGCGUGGUGAGUUUUCCUCGCAUUCUUCCAAAGAUAAAUCUGGAAGAUCACAUUAUGAUCUGGAUAAAAAUAUAUCCAGCAAUGGUUCAGAUAGCCACUCCAAGCGCCAUGCAGAAUCUACAAGUGGGCUUGGUGGCUAUUCACCAAGAAAGAGGAAAUCAGAGGCUGCUGCUAAAACUCCUCCUCCAACUAACCGCUCUCCAGAUCGGAAAAAUGCUGGGUGGGAUCUACCACCUGCAUCAGCUGGAAGUAAUGUUACUGGUUCUGUUCCUUCUAGCGUUCAGUCUUCAAUGCAAUCUGUAAUACCAAAUAUACAUCAGCUCUCUAGCGUGGUUCCUGCUAAUACAUUUACAACAAAGACUGCUGGCGUUUCAUAUAAUUACUUAUUUUCAUCUGUACAUGCAACUGAUUCGGUCCAGCUGACACAAGCAACACGACCUAUGAGAAGGCUUUAUCUAGAAAACUUGCCAAACUCCGCUUCUGAGAAAGAUAUUCUGGACUGGAUUAAUCAUUCUUUGCUGUCUUCAGGAGUCAAUCGCAUUCAAGGAACACAACCAUGUAUCAGCUGUAUGAUACACAAGGAGAAGCGCCAAGCUCUUCUAGAAUUUUUAACCCCCGAGGAUGCUUCUGCUGCACUUUCUUUUGAUGGCAGAUCCUUCUGUGGUUCUAUUCUUAAAAUCAGGCGGCCAAAAGACUUCGUCGAAGUGGCUACUGGUGUUCCUCAGAAGUCGGUUGCUGCAGCUAAUAGGGUAGACAACACUGUGGAGGAUUCUCCUUAUAAGAUUUUUGUUGGUGGAAUUUCAAGAACUAUUUCAUCGGAGAUGCUUAUGGAGAUUGCUAAAGCUUUUGGACCUUUGAAAGCCUACCAUUUCAGUAUGAAUUCAGAUAUCAAUGAACCUUGUGCAUUUCUUGAGUAUGUUGACCAUUCAGUUACUCUUAAAGCUUGUGCUGGUCUUAAUGGUAUGAAGUUGGGUGGAAAAGUGUUAACUGUUGUUCAAGCUAUCCCAGAUACUGUUUUACUGGACAAAGAUGAAAAUACACCUUUAUACUGGAUUCCCCAGCAUGCAAAGCCACUUCUGGAGAAGCCCACGGAAGUUCUGAAGCUGAAAAAUCUGGUGGAUGCAAAUGUACUCAUUUUAUUGUCUGAAGCAGAAGUUGAAGAGUUAUUGGAAGACAUCAGAUUGGAGUGUGCCAGGUUUGGCGCUGUUAAAUCGAUUAAUGUUGUAAAGCAAAGUCAAUGCUCACUCACAUCUGAUCCUGCUGCUAUGGACACUAGUCCUACUGUGAAUGAGGACGAUAUGGAGUUUGCUAAAGAGUGUGACCGAAAUGAUCCAUCCCCAAAGAGUUCUGAUCACGAGUUGGAAGUUGGUGGGUCACACCUCCUUAACAGUGAUGAAGAACCCAUGGAAACCAAUAGCGCUGAGGAAGCUGAAAGAUGUGCUGAUGGUAAAACUCAGAUGUCAGAACCUUUAAAAGGUGACUCCGAAGAGGAGGCUGGAGAUGUCGAUGAUGCUUUGGCCGCUGAUGGUAAAACUCAGGUGUCAGAACCUUUAAAAGGUGACUCCAAAGAGGAGGCUGGAGAUGCCGAUGAUGCUUUGGCUGGUGGCAGUCAUUCCAAUGAUGGACCUCAUGAGGAGGUAAUAAAAGACGACACUUCUGACCCUCUACCCAAUGAUGGUAAUGUGUCUGAUCGAGGGACAAGCUGCCAAGAAAAUUCCGAGGUUACUCGUGGAGUCCCUCCAAAUGAAAAGAAUACUAUUAUAGUUUUGGAAAGGAAAGAUGAAGAUUCUAAUUCUAGUCCAGUUGAACAUCUUGAGAUAAAUGAUCAAUCACCAGUUAAGGAGGCAAUGAAAUCAGAGGAAGACAAUGGAAAUGUAGAUGGAGCUUUUGAACCAGAAUUCUCGUCGAAAGAAGAGUUGGAUGCUCGAGAGAAACUUGAGGAAAAGACUGAAAUUUCUGUUAAUGAUGUGUUUGAGCCCGGCUGUGUACUUGUGGAGUUUAGAAGAGCAGAAGCUGCAUGCAUGGCUGCUCAUUGUUUACAUGGGCGACUGUUUGAUGAUCGGACAGUGACUGUGGAGUAUGUUCCCCUUGAUCUCUAUCGUACAAAGUUUACUAAACAAAACUAAUUCCUUUUGGUCAAUUCAAUGCCUUAUUUCCUGCAGAUCUCCCCAAACUUGAACGGCAUUAACAUAGGAUUUGUCUAUGCUAUUCACUUAUCUAUCAGAUCCUUACCUGAAUGUUCACAAUUUUUACCAUAUUGAGAUGCCUCAGUUAACCUUUUGCUAGUGUGAGAGUUGUAGCAAAUUUUCUGUAUACCAGACUUGGAGCGAAAUACAUGUUUUCUCCAAGAUGUAGAACAGGAUUUAAGGACUCUUGUCCAAGAAAUGAGCAAUUGUAAUACGUUAAAUUGUCGUUAAAGUUGCAGCUUUAUUUUUAUGGUUGCAACAUGUUGCCCACCAUUUUGGAUAGAGGAACACAGUCCUUUGUCGUUUUGAAAUCUUGGAAUUAUAUGCCUUAUGAUGAGGGGUUAGCCAUCACGGCUAUUGACUCUAUGUUCUUGAUGGUGUUGAUCAGUUGGCCAGUCCACGUUAAGGGGUUGUUUGGUAGAGAUAAGAGUGUCAAAUUCUGGUAUCUUCUCUUAUCAGUCUUUGUAUUUCUAAUAUAGUAUCUUACAGCUA